GUCCUUCCUCCUCAGGUCAGGCAUCCGCUGCUCGCGAGUGUCCGGUGCGUCUGCGCAGCCUAUGAGCCCUGGGAGGACGGUGAGUCCCCCUGGAGGCCCACCGGUUAGUGUGUGCAGAGGACUGGCGGCACCCUGUCGGCACCUGCCGUGGGGACCCAGCCUGCGGGUUGCUCUGCCUCUGAAUUACCCUUGGGCCUGAGAGGGCUGCUCCUCCUCCAGCUGCUAAGUGUCACAACUUGGGCUCUGUCGAGCUCAGAAUCCAUCUCCAGGACUGUGUCUUCUCUGCUGUGUGAGACCCAAGUGGCUCUGGCUCAGAUCUGUCUCCCUGUGACCUGCAGGUGCUAUGAGGUCCUCAGGAAGGAUGUCAGGACUCCCCAGAAGGCAGGAAAUGAAUUCAGUGGCCUUUGAGGAUGUGGCUGUAAACUUCACCCAGGAGGAGUGGGCUUUGCUGGAUCUCUCCCAGAAGAAUCUCCACAGAGACGUGAUGCAAGAAGUCCUUAGAAACCUGGCUUCUAUAGGAGACAAGUGGAAAAAUCAGAACAGAAAUACUGAAAGAGAUCUAAGGCACAUUAUAUCUCACUCUGCAAACAAAUUGUAUGAGAAUGAGUUGAGUGCAGGGAAGCCAUAUGAACUUAAACAGAAGAAAACAUCUUUAAUUUCUCACACAAGUGUUCAAAGACAAGCAUCUGUGCACACUAUAGUUGAAACUUAUGAAUGUCUAACAAGUGGAAAAGGGUUAAGUUGUUCCUUGUGUUUUCAAAAAUAUCAACAAUCUCAUACCAGAGAGACAGCUUACAGAUGUAAUCAAUCUAGUAAAGUCUUCACUAGUUCCUCUUAUCUUCCAAUACGUAAACGAACACAUACUGGAGAGAAGACCCAUAAAUGUAAACAGUGUGGGAAAGCCUUCACUUGUUCCUCUCACCUUCAAAGACAUAAACAAACUCAUACUGGAGAGAAGCCCUAUGAAUGUAAAAAAUGUGGAAAAGCCUUCAGUCGUUCCUCUUACCUUCACAUACAUGAACGAUUUCAUACUGGAGAGACGCUUAAUAGAUGUAAACGAUGUGGGAAAGUGUUUGCUACCUCCAGUCAGCUUCAUUCACAUGAAUGGACUCAUAAUGGAAAGAAACCCUAUCAGUGUGAACAAUGUGGGAAAGCCUUCAUAUAUUGUUCUUCCUUCCAGCGACAUCAGCGAAUUCAUACUGGGGAGAAACCCUAUGAAUGUAAGGAAUGUGGCAAAGCCUUUACUUAUUCCUUUUAUCUUCAAACACAUAAACAAACUCAUACUGGAGAGAAGCCUUAUGAAUGUAAACAAUGUGGAAAAAGCUUCAGUUGUUCUUCUUACCUUCGUAGACAUAAAUUAAUUCAUACUGGUGAGAAGCCCUAUGAAUGUAAGCAAUGUGGGAAAACCUUUACUUAUUCCUUUCAUCUUCAAACACAUAAACGAAUUCACACUGGAGAGAAGCCCUGUAAAUGUAAACAAUGUGGGAAAGCCUUCAGUUGUUCCUCUUACCUUCGAAGACAUAAACAAAUUCAUACCGGAGAGAAGCCCUAUGAAUGUAAGCAGUGUGGGAAAGCCUUUACUCAUUCCUCUCAACUUCAGACACAUAAACGAAUUCAUACUGGAGAGAAGCCCUAUGAAUGUAAACAAUGUGGGAAAGUCUUUGUUUAUUCUGCUUCUCUUUGGCAACAUAAACGAAUUCAUACUGGAGAGAAACCCUAUGAAUGUAUGCAAUGUGGAAAAGCCUUUACUAAUUCCUCCCAACUUCAAACACAUAAACGAACUCAUACUGGAGAGAAGCCCUAUGAAUGUAAACAAUGUGGGAAAGUCUUUGUUUCUUUAACUUCCCUUUGCCAACAUGAACGAAUUCAUACUGGAGAGAAGCCCUAUGAAUGUAACCAAUGUGGGAAAGCAUUCAGUUGUUCCUCUUACCUUUCUAGACAUAAACGAAUUCAUACUGGAGAGAAGCCCUAUGAAUGUAAGCAGUGUGGGAAAGCCUUUACUCAUUCCUCUCAACUUCAAACACAUAAACGAAUUCAUACUGGAGAGAAGCCCUAUGAAUGUAAACAAUGUGGAAAAGCCUUUGUUUAUUCCAAUUCCCUUCGACAACAUGAACGAAUUCAUACUGGAAAAAAGCCCUAUGAAUGUAAGCAAUGUGGGAAAGCUUUUACUCAGUCCUCUCAACUUCAAAGACAUAAACGAACUCAUACUGGAGAGAAGCCCUUUGAAUGUAAACAAUGUGGGAAAGCCUUUGCUUCUUCUACAUCCCUUCAGCAACAUAAACGAAUUCAUACUGGAGAGAAGCCCUAUGAAUGUGAGCAAUGUGGGAAAACUUUUACUUACUCCUUUCAAACACAUAAACGAAUUCAUACUGGAGAGAAGCCCUAUGAAUGUAAGCAAUGUGGGAAAGCCUUCAGUUGUUCCUCUUACCUUAAAGUACAUAAACGAUCGCAUACUGGAGAGAGGCCAUAUGAAUGUAAACAAUGUGGGAAAGCCUUCAGUUGUUCCUCUUACCUUCAAAGACAUAAACGAAUUCAUACUGGAGAAAAGCCCUAUAAAUGUAAACAAUGUGGGAAAACCUUUGUUUCUUCAACUUCCCUUUGCCAACAUGAACGAAUUCAUACUGGAGAGAAGCCCUAUAAAUGUAAGCAAUGUGGAAAAGCCUUUAUUUAUUCCAGUUCCCUUCAAAGACAUAAACAAAUUCAUACUGGAGAGAAGCCCUAUGAAUGUAAGCAGUGUGGAAAAGUGUUUGUUUCUUCAACUUCCCUUUGCCAACAUGAACGAAUUCAUACUGGAGAGAAGCCCUUUGAAUGUAAGCAGUGUGGGAAAGCCUUCAGUUGUUCCUCUUACCUUCAUAGACAUAAACGAACUCAUACUGGAGAGAAGCCCUAUGAAUGUAAGCAGUGUGGGAAAGCCUUUGUUUAUUCCAGUUCCCUUCAAAGACAUAAACGAAGUCAUACAGGAAAGAAGCCCUAUGAAUGUAAGCAAUGUGGUAAAGCCUUCACUACAUCUUCUUAUCUUCAAAGACAUAAACAAAGUCAUGCUGUAGAGAAACUCUAGGAAUGUAAAUAAUUGGGAAAAGCCUUCACUACUUCCUCUUAUGUUUAAAUACGUAAAUGAAUUCAUACUUGAGAAAAGCUCUAUGAGUGUAAACAAUGUGGAAAAGUCGUUGCUGGAUCCAGAUAGCUUCAUUCACAUGAAUGAACUCAUAAAGGAAAGAAGCCCUAUGGAUGUAAAUAGUGGGGGACAGCCUUCACUAGGUCUGCUCACCUUCACAGACAUGAAUGAUUUCAUAAUGGGGAGAAACCUUAUAAAUGUAAACAAUGUGGGAGAGCCUUCACUAGUUCCUUUUCCCUUCACAUACAUGAACAAUUUCAUACAGGAAAAAAGCCUUGCCGUUGUAAACAAUGUGGGAAGGCCUUCACUACUUCUGUUUACCUUUACACACAUGAAUUAACUCAUAUUACAGAGAAACCUGACUAAUGUAAGCAGUGUGGGAAAUCCUUCACUACAUCUAGUCACUUUUAUUUGCUUGAAAGAACUCAUGUUGGAGAGAUGGCCCAUGUAUGUAAAAAUGUGGGAAAGCCUUUACAUCAUGUAGUUACAUUAUAAAACAUCAAACAACAUUGCUUGAAAGAACUCAUGUUGGAGAGAUGGCCCACGUAUGUAAAAAUGUGGGAAAGCCUUUACUUCAUUAGUUAGAUUAUAAAACAUCAAACAACUCAUCAGGAAAAAAAUCCCUAAUAAAGAGAAAAAAUGUGAAA